GUCCUAGCGGUUGUGAUAGAUGAAGUACAUUGCAUCUGCACUUGGGGAAAAGACUUCAGGCAGGACUACAGUAAACUAGAUGGUCUGCAUUCCAGUAUCCCGUUGUCUAUCCCUUUUAUUGCAUUAUCCGCGACUCUCCCUAACAGUUCCAUUACAAGGAGGACCAUCAAGGUUGUGGAGUCUAGCUCGGGAUAUAGCAGUCUAGAUUUCAUCAGAGACUCUGUCAAAACAAUCGUGUACUUUAAUAGCCGUAAUAAUGCCGAGCAAGCUGUAAACCAUUUGCGAAAUCUAUCUGCUCCUGAUCAAAGAGAUGAGAUUGUCGUUUACCAUGAAAUCAAGGCAGAGGAUUUUAAGAGGAGGGCGAUGGAAAGGUUCAAGUCUGGAGAUGCAAAGAUUAUGAUGGCAGUAGAGGCUGCGGGGAUGGGCUGUGGCAUUAGAGACAUUGUUCGCAUAGGUCAGUUUGGAUGCCCCAAUAAUAUUUCAACACUUGUACAGCGCUUCGGUCGAGCUGCUAGAGAUUCGAGUAUUCGAGGUUUCGGAAUCCUGACGGUAACCAAGCAUCAACUUUCUAAGCUAGGAAAAGGGGGAAUCGCUUCUGAGGAUGUGGGUAACGAGGAUGAAAUAAGGAGUGCGGUUUCGAAGAUGACAAUCUCAAACAAUUCAUCCUAA